AUGACACUAAUAAAGCAUUUAACAGUUGGCAUAUCAAAACUUCUGAGCAAUAUGCAAAUGGCAUGCCACCAAGAAUGGGCAGCUUUUCCAAGCAACAAUAAUGAUAUAUCAGUUUGGAACAUGCAUUGUCUUGAUACUAAAGCACUUGCUCUCAUUGGCCACUUCAACCAAGUAACUUGUCUGAGAUUUAGUGAUAGUGGUAGAUUCGAAAGUUCAAACGAAGAUGCUAUUGAUGAUGGGGACACUGUUCUUGUAUCUGCCGAUUCCAAUUAUUUAAUCAUGUGGAAAGUGAAAGAGAUAAAACAAACAUUUUCAUUGCCAGAAAAAGACAGGUCUAUGAAAGGUGUUGUGAUAUCCCAGAUUGAUACUGUCAGCCACAUUUCUAUUAACGGAGAUGUAUCAUUAGUUGCUGUGUGUGCAGUCAACGAUGUUCUUGUUUUUUCUAUCGAGUUAAGGAAACAAAUAGCAAAGUUUGAAGGACAUUUGCAAACCGUUAAUUGUUCAGAGUUCAUUCCGACGUAUUCAAAAACUUUGGUCUCUAUAUCUGAUGACAGAACAUUCAAGGUGUGGGGAGUGAAUUCGAUGACGUUGUUGUACUCAUCUGCUAUCAUCUCAUCAUCACCUCUCACGUGCAUCUGCAUGCAUGUUGAAAAAUGUGACAAACUGAAAUAUGACGAGCCUGUAGAGCCGAUGGUUAGUGAACCGACCACCCUGUUCAUGUACUACUGCACAAUUUCUUCUUUCAAAGAAUGGCAGCAGUCUUUCAUACAGUCGAAUGUUAAUUCUGAUGAGGAUCAUCGAAACAAUCCAGAAUGCGAUUCUGAAUUGUUAAGGGAAUUAACGUGUGUGAAAACUUGUUUGAUAAUUGGUUUGGCAGACCGGCUGUUAAUAUUUAACGCAAUGUCAUUUGAUUUAGUCGUCAAUCUCUUUUUCGAAGACUCUGCUGGUAAAAGCUGUGGUUUGUCUUCUGUAAAAAAUUUAGUUAUAACGCAGUGCCCACGUGUCCAAAACAAAUUUUGGAUUUUGGUAAGCAAAUUUGUCAAGAAAGAAAUUUGUAUAUUGUCAUUUAACUUUGAAUUUGAUAAUGGAAUGGGUGACAAUCGCUUGACAACAGUUUCAAGACAAUCGCUAACAAGUAACUCCAUACUGAAAUGUCAUUUAAUUCCUAAAAAUUCCUCAAACAGCAUCGGAAACAACCAUCGUUCAGUAAAUAAAUUUGGAGGAUUAGAUAAAAAAGGUAGAAUUGUAGAAAAACUUCCCUUAACAUUCCAUAAUAAUAUCAAGUCAUCUGGGUACAACAACAAGCAGUAUUUAAUCUUAAUAAACAACAUGUUUAGUGCGAAGAUGAAAAGAGCAGACGUUCGGGAACCAUCAACCCCUUCUUCAACUGGCAAAAAAUCGACCUUGCUUAUAUCUCACACGAAUGCAGCUGUUAACAAUCCUACUUUUUACUCUAUCCAGUGCGAUCCUGGAAGAAUAGAGGAUGCAUCUCCCCACUAG